CCCGGCGUCCUGGCUCCGCAGCUCCCUGCCGCUUCCGCGGCACCGGCGCGGCCCGGCCCGGCUCCAUGUACCGAGCACUGUAUGCGUUCCGCUCGGCGGAGCCCAAUGCGCUGGCGUUCGCUGCGGGCGAGACCUUUCUGGUGCUGGAACGCAGCAGCACGCACUGGUGGCUGGCGGCGCGGGCGCGCAGCGGCGAGACAGGCUACGUGCCACCCGCCUACCUGCAUCGCCUGCAGGGUGUGGACCAGGAUGUCCUCCAAGCCAUCGAUCGGGCCAUCGAGGCUGUGCACAACACGGCCAUGCGGGAUGGCGGCAAGUACAGUCUGGAGCAGCGUGGCGUCCUCCAGAAACUGAUCCACCACCGGAAAGAGACCUUGUCUCGCAGAGGCCCCUCAGCUGCCAGCGCUGCAGGCAUGACCCCGUCCACCAGUGACCACCAUUUGGAUGCUGCGGCUGCCCGGCAGCCCAAUGGGAUGUGUCGAGCCGGCUUCGAGCGGCAGCACAGCCUGCCCAGCUCUGAGCAUCUCGGGCCAGACGGAGGCCUCUACCAGGUGAGGCUUCUGUCUUUCCAGAUCCCACCCCAGCCACGCCGGGCAGCACCCACCACACCGCCCCCACCUGUGAAGCGCCGGGACCGAGACGCCCUGGUGGUCUCAGGGAGUGGUGGUCGCAACGCCACACCGUGUGGGAGUAGUUGUGCAUCUAGUGGCUCCUCAGCCAGCAGUGCCUCCCUGGACACACUUUGCACUGGCUCUAGCCCAUCGGAGCUGGGCCCCAGCUGCUCCCCGACACCCCCACCCGUGCCCCGCCGAGCAGCCCAUACCACCAUCUCCCAGCCCCAGCCUACACCCUCCAAGGCACCGUCCCCCGAGCCCACUGCUGCCGAGGAGGUAGCCGCUGGCCCCAGAUCAAGUCCUGAGUCCCUGGAGGUGCCAGGCCCCGCAGAGGAGAAGGCAACAAUGGCAGAAGUGACAGUACCAGGGAGCAUUGGGGCGGAGCUGAUGGAGCUGGUGCGGAGAAACACAGGCCUGAGCCAUGAGCUUUGCCGUGUGGCCAUUGGCGUGGUGGUGGGCCACAUCCAGGCUGCCGUGCCGGCUAGCUCGCCCAUCAUGGAACAGGUCCUCCUCUCACUGGUGGAGGGAAAGGACCUGAGCUCAGCGCUGCCCUCAGGGCAAGUAUGCCAUGAUCAGCAGAGGCUGGAGGUGAUCUUCGCUGACCUGGCCCGGCACAAGGAUGACGCGCAGCAGCGGAGCUGGGCACUCUAUGAGGACGAGAGUGUCAUCCGCUGCUACCUGGAGGAGCUGCUGCACAUCCUGACAGAUGCUGACCCCGAAGUCUGUAAGAAGAUGUGCAAGAAAAAUGAGUUUGAGUCUGUCCUGGCCUUGGUAGCCUAUUACCAAAUGGAACACCGGGCGUCUCUGCGGCUGCUGCUGCUCAAGUGCUUCGGAGCCAUGUGCAACCUGGACGCAGCCAUCAUCUCCACACUCGUGUCGUCCGUGCUGCCCGUGGAGCUGGCCCGGGACAUGCAGACAGACACCCAGGACCACCAGAAACUCUGCUACUCGGCGCUCAUCCUGGCCAUGGUCUUCUCCAUGGGGGAAGCCGUGCCUUAUGCGCACUAUGAGCACCUAGGCACCCCCUUUGCCCAGUUUUUGCUGAGCAUCAUUGAGGAUGGCCUGCCCAUGGACACAACGGAGCAGCUGCCAGAUCUCUGUGUGAAUCUGCUGCUGGCGCUCAACCUGCACCUGCCAGCCCCUGAGCAGAAUGUCAUCAUGGCUGCCCUGAGCAAGCAUGCCAACGUCAAGAUCUUCUCCGAGAAGCUGCUGUUGCUGCUGAACCGAGGGGAUGACCCCGUACGCAUCUUCACCCAUGAGCCGCAGCCGCCACACUCCAUCCUCAAGUUCCUACAGGACGUGUUCAGCAGCUCCACCACGGCAGCCAUCUUCUACCACACGGACAUGAUGGCGCUUAUUGACAUCACAGUGCGGCACAUUGCCGACCUGUCGCCCGGGGACAAGCUGCGCAUGGAGUACCUCUCCCUGAUGCAUGCCGUGGUCCGCUCCACGCCUUACCUGCAGCACCGCCACCGGCUACCAGAUCUGCAGGCUACACUACGGCGCAUCCUGACCGAGGAGGAGGCUUCACCCCAGUGCCAGAUGGAUCGCAUGAUCGUCCGGGAGAUGUGCAAGGAGUUCCCGGUGCUGGGCGAGGGCCCCGGCUAGCAGCCCCCUUUUCUCCUGCCAUCCCUGCAGCCCCGGUCAGGGUAUAGAGCAUCCAGGGGCUUGGCCCUCUGAACGUUUUGCACUGACAGAGGAUGGGGUGCAGUGGGGACAGGGAGGCAGAGAAGGGACCUGAAACCCGAGAAGGGUGUCCCUACCUGAAGAAGAGUUCAUGGUGCGAGGGGCCAAGUGUAAGAUUGAGGACCGUGGUCUGGGAACAACACCGGGGCAAGCUGAAGCCCUUCUAAUCCCUUGGUAGGCCGCCUCUUAAGCAUGCCCCCCAUCCCUGCGCACACUCAGUCCCGCUGCUGCCCCCUCCUUACCCUGCCUGGUGAGGGGAAGCACCUCCCACCAGCUCUGUUUUUUGCCUUAGCUUUGCAGUGAGUGAUGCUCACGGGUCCCUACCUUCACAGGAUGUGGGGAGAAGGGAGGGGGUGUCACUGUCCCCCCUCCACCCCACUCCCACCCCUAGAGGCCUUGGCCAAACUGCUGCUUUGAAAGUGGGAUUUUGGAGACAGGCUUUGUGUCCUGUCAUGCAGUGGGAUGGUACUGCUGCCAAAGCCAACGACAGUAUCUAUUUUCGCUGUGAAAAACACAGACCGAAAGCCAUGUGUAUUUUCCAAUGUGCUGCAGCUCACCUUAGGAAAUAAAUCACAGGCGUCUACAGGC